CUCAUCUGUUGAUUGACAGUAUGUAUGUCCAAUGAACGAGUGGAUUUGGUCAGGAGGCGGGCUUUGGACGUUUCCUGGGGGUUUUGAGUGACAGCCUACCAGAGUGUAAGUGUAUACAUGUAUACUGAUAUAUAAAUGUAUAAAUAUUAAUAAAGGGUACCAUAGGCCUGCUAUCAGGGUGACUGCACAGAGACCCUCAGCCAGCAAAGAGCCAAGCCCCAGUUAGGGGAUCAUGCACUGUGGUGAUGGUACUGGACUGGCUGACAGUGGGACAGAGGGGAGAGCACUGAGAUCUGAUAGGCUAUCAUUCAAUGCUUUGUGCUAAUUCAUGGUAAUAUUGAUAAUAGUGCUUAGUUACACUGCAUGGAUAUUGAGAAUCUGCCUACUGAGAGUUCUACAGCAAAGUUCCAAAAGUGGAGCAAUCACCAUGGGAACCAGUGGAAUUCUACUGCUGAUUGCUCUGCUUUGAGAAGUUUACCCCAGAGAUUGCUCUGCAAACAGAACCCAUAGUGGGAUGAGUUUCGUUAUAAUGAGAAUGUCUCCUUACAAGUUACAGUAAGUUGUGUUGUGUCUUUUGCUGUGCUGUUAUUUCUCUUUUUUUUAAUGGAAUAUUUAGUAUAGUGACAUUGUCUAAAGAGUGGCAAAACUGUUAAUCCCCAGGAGCUGUGAAACUGAAAUUCCAUAUGGUGCUUUGCCAGGCUAAGACUGACAAGGUGUCAUGGGUGUUGUAUUCCAUCAAGAGCUGGGGAUCUGCCUUUUCACCACCCCAGGUGACAAUAUAAAGUAACUUAGUGUUCAUUUUUGGCGGGUGUUUUAGAACUCUGCAGUAAUGUGUAACUUUAAUGAGCCUAAGCACCAUAACCACCGUGACUCGGUAGUGGUUAUGGUGCCAGGAAUCACCUAAUAGAGUAAAACUUUUUUUUUAUGGCUUGGCACCUGGAUCCCCUGAGAGCUUGUGGCACAACCUCAGAUAAGAACUAAAAAGCGAGUUUCCCUUCUCUAUUCGAUAUAUCAGUUUUAUCAUUUUGUAGACAGAAUUGUCUGCUGCUCUCCAAUGAAUUCUAUCUAAACCGUCAAAAUUCCAACCACUAAUGCGAAUGUAGGAAAUUUCCAUUUAGUGAUAUCUGAAGAGGGGUUCAGUAUGCAGGCACCCAGUGGUAUCCAGGUAUGUGUCAAACUGUCUAACACCAGUUUAACUCUUACCUGGGUGACGGGGCCUGUGAAAUGUCCCCUAUGUGAAUUGCAUUGCAAGGGCAGGCAGUCCAUUCCCACACCAGGAAGAAGCUAUCAUCCCAUAAACAUCUGCUAUGCAGAAGUUUAUGGGAUGAGUAGUUUGACUCCAAGAGCAGUCCCACGUAUCACAUAGGACAAGUGACACUGCAAUGUAAACUAAACCAUAUCACAGGUUACACACAUGCUAUGUUAAGGUCUAUGCAGAGCUGCUCUCCAGACAUGUACAUGCUGUGGUUUUGCUUCUUCUUCCAAGAGAAGAGAGGGAUCAGACCAAUAUGGGUGUGCAGUGUACAGACACCAAAUUUAAAACUUUUAUAAAAUGGGCUGGCUACUUGACAGGAGGCAGAGAUUGAGUUGUACCACUGCAAACUAAGUGAUAUAUCUCAGAAAUGGCAGCAUGUCAAGCUGCACAGACCAUGCACAAUAACACUUCAGGAAGUUAUAGUAUUUAAAGGGACACUAUAGGCACCCAGACCACUUUAUCUGGGAAUAUCUGAGCUUCUGAAGUAUUUUGACCAAAGUAGCGCAGUUGAUAAUUUUUGUUUAAAUAUUACAUUUUAAUUUAUCCCAUUAACAGUGUAAUAAACUAAACCUUGUCAUACAUACUGUGAAAAUACCUAUUCCCACAUUCAAGACAGACUGGGAUUGAGAAUUGUCAGAGUAUUUAUAUCGGCAGACAUUUUGUGCUAUGAUAGAAACUAAAAGUGUAUAUUCUGAGUCACUCUGAACAGACCAGACUCCAUUUUGUUAUUUCAAGUUAACAAAGAGACACAGUAUUUCUAUCUGUAAGCUAACCACUUUCCCAGAGCUGAGGAAUGCAUAGUAUAUACAAGCCAAGUGAUAAGGAAGGGGGUUGGACAGACUGUCUAAUGCUAAAAGAAUAUAAUCAAAUCUAAACCCAGACAAUUGUGACAGAGAAGAUUAAAUAAUUUAAUAUUUAACUGUCUAUAUAUAUAAGGUACCAUUGUAUGGAAAAGGGUAAACUUAGUUCAUGAUCUGUCAUAUCAGAAAUUAUGGCAGGAAUUGCAGACGCUAAGUCUGGACAAAAUUUAAGAAAUCCUUUUGAAAUUUUAAAUUAUGGCGCUAUAAAGAUAACGCAAAAUGACGUCAAAAUAGCCACCAGGAAAAGUUAACUCUUUCCUGGAUAGGUAUGUUUAGUGGGACAAGACUGCCCUCUAUAGACCAAAUACCUAAUUUGCGAUCUGGAAGAUAACCACACCUCUAGUGCUUCUAUUGGGUUAUCAACUGAUGACGUACUGAGAGUCUGGCCCUUUAAAAGUUAAGACAAAGAUAGAGAUACGGGAGGAGGCAGAUGCAGGACAUAUGCAAAGGAGAGGAGAGAGGAAUUGGAAGUUUGGGGGACUCCAACUCGGACAACAUCUGAGACUAACACUCUACUCCUAAAACUCUAACACUUAGAAUUUACUGACUUUCUAACCAAUACCUCCAUGCAGAGAGACUACCAAUCGGAUGAAAUAUCUACUCAACUGGUAAUUAUACUGGUUUCAUUUAAUUAAUUAAAUUAAUUAAAAUGUAUUAAUAGCAUUAUAUAUGACUGGAUAAAGCACGGUCAGAUUUCCAUAUUAAGAAAUCUUAGUUAACUAAAGAAUAUAUAGUUAUAAACAUUCCAUUCUGCAGGUGGAAUUAAGAAUAAUUAUAUAUUGAUGUGAUAUUAUCACGUGUUAGCAUACCGCUGUUUUUAUCCAGGUGUAUUGAUUUGCUCUAAAUUAAGAUAGAUAUCUUUUAGACAAAUUAAAAAUCUGCUUAUAUAAUAUAUUAGACUCUCUUAUUGGAUGGUUUAAGAAAAUGACUAGUGAACUGGUUUAAAUGUUAUUUUAUUUAAAAAUUACAUAAGAAUAGAUCUUAACUACCUAGGAGAUCUAGCCAGCAUUGAAAGGGUUAUUCUAACUGUCGGCUAAACUUUACGACCUUACGCUGCACUCUGAGGAAUUCUGUUCUUCGCUGUGAAAAGUUUCACUUAAGUCUGUGUUAAGGAUACCUCAUAAAUCGUCAGAAUUCUUGACAGAAAAUGCCGUUUAGCCAUUGAAACGUAAUACCCAUUUCUUUGUAUUGCAUAUAAUUCUGUACUGGAUAUUCAUUGAUUAUUGUCAUGCAUGUUACAUAAUAUUAUUUGUUAAUUAUUGGUUAUCAUAAAUAAAAUCUAUUUUUAUACAUUGUGAUAUUAUUAUAUGAAAUACAUUCCACUUAACACGAUAAACGUUCUUUGGGAUCUGAGAAUUGAAUUAGUGGGCAAUUCUCAACUGUUACUAUUAUUAUCCCAUAAAUAUCCCCACAGAAUACAUGGGGUAUGAAGGUCCAAAAAGCUACAUGAUGCAUUUUACACCCAGAUAAACUAACAUGAAGAGAUCACAAUUCGUUGGUGAACAAAGUCCAAAAUGUUAUAGGGAUAUGGAAAUCAAGGGUACAAAACAUAUCACGCCUCUACGUUUGUUUGUGUCUUUUAAAUGUAGAAAAGGUUUUAAAACAAAAAAUACAUUCAGGGUAGUCAUGUUCCCCCCUAUGUUGAGGACACCCAAAUUUACAUAUUUCAUCAUACUUAUAUAUUGAGCUAUUUCAGUUCCAUCAUUUAUUAUCUGUUCUUUUCUUCCUCAGAUUAUCAUGACUCAGAGCUCAGACAGUGAUACACAUAUCUAUCAUGCUUUGCGCACAGUCUCUGGAGCUGCUGCACACUUGGCCACUUUUACAUUUACUGUGUACAUGAUUUGCGUGUCCCAGCCUGGAUCAAGUGAGUAUAACGAUUAAACAAAGGGCAUCAGAGUUAAUUGCAGUGGAAUAUACAAGUUACGAGGGAAGAAGUUUAUAUGAUUAUAUUUAAUAACCAGUUUUAACUUACCUGUCACAAAACUCAUGUCAGUCGUCUUAUUUGUACACCAAUCCUGUGCCAAUUAAUGAUGAUCUGAAUUUGAAUGAAAUUGAUAUUGCUGAAGUGAAAUGGGAACUUUGGAAUGGGCCCAGAUAAUUUGCAAACUGUUGAAAAACAAGAUUUACUCUUAUCAUGGGAUUAUGUGAAGGUAUUUCUAUCCCCAUAGCCAAUGCAGAUUGUUAAAGUGGUGAUGUUGCUUAUAGUGCCCCUUAAACAUUUUAUUGUGUACUAUGAACCUUAUUGCAAUGUUUAGCUAAGUUGUGGAAAAAAUCACAGUGACUAUUUGUCACAGUAUCAUUGUUUUCUAAAAGAUCAGAUGUUGCCCAGAAAACUGAGUGACAGUUCCAUUUUAGUUUACAUUCACAAUAUUUAGAGACUAAAAGACCAAAAAAAAAAGAGAAAAAAUAUGUAUUUCUUUGAAUUAAAACAGUACAUUUUGCUCUCUCCCUUCAUUCUAUAACCAAAGGUCGGGGGUGUUUAAAACAAAAAAAACAUGUAGCCUAAACAGUUGCUGAGAGUUCAAUCCGUGUUAAUGUACAUAAACCCUUUAAGCUGUAAUAUAAAUACAAAUUUGCAUUUAUUUUAUAGUUUCUGGAAAUAUUAAUAUUAAUCACUUGUUGCUUUUUUUUCUUAUUUCCUAGCUCUUUUUUCAUGGCAUCCAUUUCUCAUGACCCUCGCAGUGAGUACAGUGUAAAAGAUUAAAGCUGUUUUGUUUGCUUUAAAUAUUGAUGUAUGCAGGAUUACCAUUCCCUUGCCAUUCACUGUUUAGUUACAAUCCCUUCUGAUUGUGACUGAUAGGAUUUGUAGUCCAUAAAUUACUGGCUGGUCAGAUGACAUCUGUCAGUGAAUAAAUGUAAUUUAAUGCAAUGAGUUAUAUAGAUAACUUAAACAACAGGCAAGUAUUGGGAAGGAGGAACAUGAGAUAGGUGUGUCCCUGCGUGGCUCAUUAACAGAUCAUUUGUGGCUGCACUGUACACAAAGCCGUGCAUUCUACACAGAUCUAAUGCUGCAGAUCUCCGUUGGUGGCAUGAUCAACUGAGAAAACAGGUCCUCAUGCACAGUUCUCAACAUCAGUAAUCUUAACAACUUUUGUACACACAAAAUACACCUUGGUGCUCAGCCACAGAAUGCUCCAAAUUGCCAUGACACUUCCAUUCAUGCAUUUAACAGAACUUCUGGUAGUGACAUGGAACGGUGUCACGCUGGGCAUCAACUCUAGUUAUGGGUAUACAAGCCACAGUACUUUUAGAUAUAUUGGAAAACCUUUAUGAGGGUGAGUCUCAGUGACUAAUAGAUCAUGGCAUCAUUUAAAAACAUGACCCAUAAUUGGUAGGUUUUGCAAGUGUUUGAGUCAUAAUUUAGUAAAAUAUCUGUCUCCACAGUUUUCCUUCCUCAUGACGGAGGCUAUCCUGGUUUUUUCUCCCGACUCCUCUCUAUUACGAUCCUUUUCCCGGAAAGCUAAAGGAAGAGCCCAUUGGACUCUACAACUGUUAGCUGUGUUGUGUGCACUGCUAGGUCUGGGGAUCAUUUAUGCCAACAAAGUUCUGCUCGCAAAGCCUCACUUUUCCACUUGGCACGGACUUUUUGGGGCUCUGACGGUGCUGUGGUCCGUGCUUCAGAGCUUCGGUGGAGUGUCUUUGCUUUACCCUAAGCUGGUGCAACGUUGGACUUUAGCCACUCGCAAACUGUAUCAUGCCACUGCUGGACUUCUGGGCUACCUGCUGGGUUGUUCCAGCCUUUUUCUGGGUAUGUUUUCAAUCUGGUUCACUACCACUGUCACUGGCUUGUCCUGGUACGUUUGUGCCUUGUGUCCCAUUCUUACUGGUUUGGUAGUUAUGAACCAGGUGAGCAAUGCGUACCUGUAUCGUAAGAGGAGCCAGUCUUAAGUGAUAAACGCAAUGUUUAUGGACUGUCCCUCUGUGCCGGAGAUUAUACAUGACUUUUAUUUUCCUAAAUUGGCUUUCCCUUCCAUGUUGAAUCAAAAUUAUGGGUCCCAUUAAGAGGUUUAUUUUACAUCAUGCUGACUUUGGUUUUACAAUAUUCUUCCAUGUGGAGUUAAAAUAAAAAUAUUUUUAUAUUUAAAUUGGAAUUGUAUGAUGAUUGCUGUAUUUCUUUCUUUACUGUGGUUUCUUUAAACGCAUGUUGCUGGUCAGCUCUUCAUUUAAGCCCUUAGUGACUGAGAUUCAUUUUAUAGUAUGUGCUUUCAUGACAUUGGGCUCUUAAGUACUUUUGCCGUGUGUUAGUUCCACUGUAUGUCCCUGC